AGAUGGUGGGUAGAGAUUAUCAACAAUGUACAGCUGAAGGAUGGGUUGGUGAUGUUCCGUCCUGUGAAUCGAUGAAUUGUGGUAACCCUGGCUCAAUUCUGAAUGGAUAUUAUAAAGCAUCAAAAUGGACUGUUGGAAGUAAUGUUACCUUUUAUUGUGAUACUGGAUACAGAAUUAUUGGCAGAGAUUAUCAACAAUGUACAGCUGAGGGUUGGGAUGGUGAGGUUCCAUCGUGUGAACCAAUAAUCUGUGGUCACCCUGGAGAGAUUCUGAAUGGGCAUUACAAGGCUCUAAAUGAGACAAUUGCAAAUAAGGUUAUUUUUUAUUGUGACAUUGGAUACCAAAUUAUUGGCAGAGGUUAUCGACAAUGUACAGCUGAGGGUUGGGAUGGUGAAGUUCCAUCAUGUGAACCAAUAACCUGUGGUCACCCUGGAGAGAUUCUGAAUGGACAAUAUAAGGCUUUAGAUGAGACAGUUGCCAAUAAAGUUAUAUUUUAUUGUGACUUUGGAUACAAGAUGGUGGGUAGAGCUCAUCGACAAUGUACAGCUGAGGGGUGGGAUGGUGAUGUCCCAUUCUGUGAACCAAUAAACUGUGGAAACCCUGGUUCGAUUCUGAAUGGAUAUUAUAAAGCAUCAAAAUGGACAGUUGGAAGUAAUGUUACCUUUUAUUGUGACAUUGGGUACAAAAUUAUCGGCAGAGAUUAUCGACAAUGUACAGCUGACGGUUGGGAUGGUGAGGUUCCAACCUGUGAACCGAUAGCCUGUGGCAACCCUGGGCAGAUUCUGAAUGGACAUUAUACGACAUCAGAUGAGACAGUUGGAAAUAAAAUGUUUUUUCAUUGUGACUUUGGAUACAAGAUAGUGGGUAGAGAUUACCGGCAAUGUACAGCUGAAGGUUGGGAUGGUGAUGUCCCAUCCUGUGAACCAAUAACCUGUGGUAACCCUGGCGAGAUAUUGAAUGGAUAUUAUAAUGCACCAAAUAAGACAGUUGGAAACAAAGUUACUUUUUAUUGUGACGUUGGAUACAGAAUGCUGGGUCGUGAUUAUCGGAAAUGCACACUUGAGGGUUGGGAUGGUGAAGUUCCAUCCUGUGAACCAAUAGACUGUGGUAACCCUGGUGAAAUUCUAAAUGGAUAUUAUUUGGCAUCAAAUGACACAGUUGGAAAUAAAGUAACCUUUUAUUGUGACAUUGGUUACAAGAUGGUGGGCAGAGAUUAUCGACAAUGUACAGCUGAGGGAUGGCUUGGGGAUGUUCCAUCCUGUGAACCAAUAAACUGUGGUAACCCUGGUUCACUUCCGAAUGGAUAUUAUAAAGCAUCAAAUUGGACUGUUGGAAGUAAUGUUACCUUUUAUUGUGAUAUUGGAUAUAAAAUUAUCGGCAGAGAAUAUCGACAAUGUACAGCCGAGGGUUGGGAUGGCGAGGUUCCAUUGUGUGAACCAAUAACCUGUGGUCACCCUGGAGAGAUUCCAAAUGGGCAUUAUAAGGCUCUAAAUGAGACAGUUGCAAAUAAAGUUAUUUUUUAUUGUGACUUUGGAUACAAGAUAGUGGGUAGAGGUUAUCGACAUUGUACAGCUGAGGGUUGGGAUGGUGAUGUCCCAUCCUGUGAACCAAUAAACUGUGAAAACCCUGGUUCAAUUCUGAAUGGAUAUUAUAAAGCAUCAAAAUGGACAGUUGGAAGUAAUGUUACCUUUUAUUGUGACAUUGGCAAUAACCUGUGGAAACCCUGGGGAGAUUCUGAAUGGAUAUUAUACGACACCAAAUGA